UUUUCACUUAAAUAACCAACUCUAACUGUUAAUGUACAGAUUAUCUGCUCUGUGUGUUUAUAAUGUAUAUUAAUUAUUUUAGUUUAAAGUUGAAUAUACACAGUCCAAUUUAAAAAUGGUUGUUUUCAAACACUGUUUGGGUACUUUUUUAAUCCUUAGUGAAUCUUUUGAAUCUUUCGUAAAAAUAUUGUAAACAGAGAUAACAUCUCUUGGCUUUGGCACAGUACAUGCCUCCCCACGUUUCACCGAAGUUUCCAACAAUGUCCUCAUCGAAGGCAAAUGGAACCAAUCAGAAAGAACGUGGUGAGAAAAACAACACCGUUGAGUCAACGACUCUGCGUCAUAGGAAGUCCCGCCCCUUUUCCAAUGACGCCAACGGCGCUGUGUUGUGAGUUUGGUGGUAGCAAAACCUCACAUUACUGCACAUUACAGUUCGUUAUUUAAAUCAAGCGAUCGUGAUCUUAAGAAGGGCUGUACAUUGCGGAACAUCAUGUCAGACACGGAGACCAAGCCCUCAAGUGAUGGAGGCGAGAAGAAAGAUGGAGAAUAUAUUAAACUGAAAGUGAUCGGUCAGGACAACAGUGAAAUUCACUUCAAAGUGAAGAUGACGACACAUUUAAAGAAGCUCAAGGAAUCUUACAGUCAGAGACAGGGUGUACCCAUGAACUCUCUAAGGUUUCUUUUUGAGGGACAGAGAAUUGCAGACAACCAGACCCCCAAAGAGGUAGAAGCUAGCCAAAUUAUGCAGAUGCCAACAUGGACAGCUGGGAAUGGAAGAUGAGGACGUGAUUGAGGUGUAUCAGGAACAGACCGGUGGCUGUCGGAAUGACUAGACCUUUAUUUUCAUGCUCUUUAUUUUUAUCUUAAUUUUGUAUGUAUGACAUGUAUUUCAUCUGUUUCCUUUUGCUGUCACCUCAAAGGGAAGCAGAAAAACCAUCUGGAUCAAAUAGAUAAUGUCAGGGCUGCUGUGUUUGAAGGAGCUGGGUGGAACUACAAUAGAAAAUGUUUUUCUAGCCAUAUCCCACGUUCACUAUCCUCUGUCUGUUAAUUUGCUAACUCAUCCCUGCCUUCAUACGCUUUUUUUUUUUUUUUUUUUUUUUUUAAGGAUUCUGGUUAUGUUCUGCAAUGACACAUGUAACAUGUUGUGUUGUGCCCUGAGCUGAUUGAGAACGGUCUGUUUAUCUGUACAGUACUGCUAAAAAAAAUUUAGAUUAUGCUGUUAAAUCUAAUCAGCAAAUCAAGACGAAUUUAGGAUGCCAGCUUUGGUGUUCUUGCAUCGUUAUUGCAUUUAUAAGUAAUUAAGGCGGUGUUCAUUUAGUUGGCCAUCAUUACGUGUUCUGUCAGUCCUUAGCUUUCAUUAGACACUUGUUCAUUUAAUUGUUUUUGGCUCAUUUUAUGCUAGUGAACACACCUGCCAUAAUGUAAUAGAAACCCUUGGAGUAUUUUACAUUCUGGGAUGCUUAGUUAUGUGCAAUUGUUGUCUGAUAUUAGAAAAGUAUAAAAUGUUUCUUCGUUCUUGCAUGUGUCUGCAACAACUGUGUACAGUUGUACGGUAUAUAGGCACACUAUGAAUCGCAAGAGGGAGGUCACUGUAUUGUGUUUUUGCAUGGUUUUGUCUAAUGUAUUAGAAUUUGUACCCCUGUCUGAAUCCGUGUUGUCACCUUCUCUUCUACCUGGUCUUGGAUAUUUGGCUCCAUUUUAGCCACAAUAAUGGAUUUCAAAACCUGAAAAUAAUGGGUAACUAUGUUGUUUGAUUAGUACUCAGGGGCGUCAUUCACAUACACAGAUUAAAUACAGCAACAGUGUCACUGUACUCAUGUUCCUUUUCUUACACUUUUAUAUUUUUUUAAUUUUCUGCGAGAGGGGAGGGAUAUUUGGUCCAGAUGGUUUUGUGGAUAUAGAAGAAUUAUGACUUUGCUUUUGUCUUGUUUUUUAAAUAAAAUGUGUCAUAAAACCA